AUGGCUAAAAAACAAACAAGUAAGUCUUCCAAAGUACAGACGAAACCAGCACAGGUAGAAGCAGAAGGAGAUAUACAGCUCCCGUCAUCAUCAGAAUCAUCAGAGUCAGAGAAUGAAGAAAUAGAUGAAGAAGUUUAUGGAUUAUCAUCAGAUGAGGAAGAUGUAGAAGAACCACCUCAUAUGGAAUCAAGUGAUGAAGAAGAAAUAGAAUUACCACCAAGCACAACGGCAGCAGGCCAUAAAGUCAACAAAGUUAUAAAACCAAAAGAUUCAACAACAACAAAAACUAAAAAUUCAUCAUCAAAGAGUGGAGUAAUAUAUAUAGGUAGAUUACCAUCAGGAUUUCAAGAAUCAGAAUUAAAAACAUAUUUUAAACAAUUUGGAGAUAUAAAAAAUUUAAAACUUAGUAGAAAUAAAAAAACUGGAAAAUCAAAACAUUAUGCAUAUAUUGAAUUUGAAUCAUCUGAAGUUGCAAAAAUAGCAGUAGAUACAAUGAAUAAUUAUUUAUUAAAUGGUCAUUUAAUCCGUUGUGAAUAUGUUGAAAAUCCUCAUAAAGAUGUUUUUAAAAAUUCUAAUAAAAAAUUUAAAAUAAUACCUGUUCAUAAAAUUGCAAAAGCUAAACAUGAUAAUAAAAAGACAAAAGAAGAAUGGGAAAAAUUAACUCAAAAAUUUGAAGAAUCAAAACAAAAGAAAAUUGAAGAAUUGAAAUCUAAAGGUAUAGAUUUUAAUUUAGCUGAAUUAUUAGCAUAG